GGGGCCCGCUUGCUUAACUCCAAUUCGUAGAGAAAUCGUCCGUCACAAUUUCUCUCACUCCCUCAAAAACCCUUUUCUUCUGAUUCGUGGCGUAGUCGAAGAAAUAAGAAGAAUACUCUCUCUCUCUCUCUGCUCGCUCUAGCCAUGUCUCAGGAGGAGAAAAAUUUACCGGCUCAAAAACAAGAUGAGAAAUCUGGAGCAGCUGAUAGUAAAAAGCCUUUGGAAUCUACUUCUCUAGAUACACAAUCAGGACAGGGAGGAGCACCCCUUGCUGCUGGACCUGGAAUGCAUAACCCUUUUGAUUUCUCAGCCAUGACUGGCCUCCUUAAUGACCCAAGCAUUAAAGAACUAGCUGAACAGAUAGCAAAAGAUCCUUCUUUCACUCAGAUGGCAGAGCAACUUCAACAAACCUUUCAAGGUGCAGCUACUAAUGAUGGAAUCCCUCAAUUUGAUCCUCAGCAAUACUAUAGCACUAUGCAACAAGUUAUGCAAAAUCCCCAGUUUAUGACAAUGGCUGAGCGGCUUGGUAACGCACUGAUGCAGGAUCCUUCCAUGUCCACCAUGCUUGAGAGUUUAUCAAAUCCUGCACAGAAAGACCAACUUGAAGAACGAAUGGCACGCAUCAAAGAGGAUCCAUCUUUGAAACCAAUUCUGGAAGAGAUUGAGCGUGGGGGUCCAGCUGCAAUGAUGAGGUACUGGAAUGACAGAGAUGUUCUAAAGAAGUUGGGUGAAGCAAUGGGUUUCCCAGGUGCAGGAGAGACAGCCACAUCUGGUGAAACAGGUACAGAUGAAGCAGAAGAAGCAAGUGAAGACGAAUCAAUUGUUCAUCACUGUGCCAGUGUUGGUGAUGAAGAGGGCUUGAAGAAUGCACUCACUGCUGGUGCUGAUAAAGAUGAGGAAGAUUCAGAGGGAAGGACGGCACUGCAUUUUGCUUGUGGGUAUGGGGAGGUGAAGUGUGCUCAGAUUCUUCUCGAGUCUGGGGCUAAGGUGGAUGCUUUGGACAAGAAUAAGAAUACGGCUCUCCACUAUGCUGCUGGAUACGGAAGAAAGGAGUGCGUUGCGCUUCUUCUGGAGAAUGGUGCUGCUGUCACUCUCCAAAACAUGGAUGGCAAGACACCCAUAGAGGUUGCAAAACUCAAUAACCAGCAUGAUGUCCUAAAGCUCCUUGAGAAGGAUGCAUUUCUAUAAGCUGGAAUGCACCUAUGAAUUACGUACGCUCGAGUCUGUUGGGUGUCAGAGGGUGUGAUUGUGUGUUGGGCUAUGUAAUCUUUUUUUGAAAAAUUGUUGGGGAAUGAUUACAUUCUGGUUCUUUGAGAAUUAUAUCCAUGUAACCCUUUUUUUCUUCGAAUUCGAAUGAAUGGUUUGUAUUUGUAAAAUCACAAUCACUGCCUUCCUUUUCUCUUAGGAGGUAUUUUUAGGUGGAUGGACAGCUAUUGCAUUUCAAUAAACUGUUUUCGACAUGCAAGAUGCA